AUACCACAACGAUUGUCUUAUUAUCCACGUCUCUCUCACUCUCUCUCUCUCUCUCUCCAUCUCUCCAUCUCUCUUCCUCUGAAUCAUCGCAGGAGGAUUCGUUUUCUAGGGUUCAUUUCUUCUUCUGUUUUGUAUGAACGUCUCUCUCUCUCUCUCUGUGUAUUCUCUACAGCCCUCUUUCUCUCUCUCACAUAGAAGCUGAACACAAGAGGAAACUGAGCUCUUUUUCAGCCAAUCAACUGAAUACGUAAAGGUACAUCGAAGAAGUUGUCGAUAAAGCUGAAAAAAAAGAGGGGUACCAGUUCUUGCCAGCUCGUAUCUGAUUUUCCCUUCUUCUGCCUCCCAUCAAAUUUGUCAAAAUCUUUGUAAUAGAACUUCAUGAGCAAUCUCAAGCUAGGGGUCGAGGUCGUGAGUGCCCACAACCUUAUGCCCAAAGAUGGGCACGGUUCGUCCAGUGCUUUUGUUGAGCUUCAGUUUGAUAAUCAGAAAUUUUGCACUACCAUCAAAGAAAAGGAUCUUGACCCUGUUUGGAAUGAGACUUUAUAUUUCAAUGUAUCUGAUCCAGAAAACCUAUCUAACCUCACUCUUGAUGCCUAUGUCUACAACAACAACAAAACCACGCACUCUAAUUCCUUCCUUGGAAAGGUUUGCAUCAAUGGGACAUCAUUUGUCCCCUACUCUGAUACUGCUAUUAUGCAUUACCCUCUAGAGAAACGGGGUAUUUUCUCACGUGUGAAAGGGGAGCUUGGCUUGAAGGUCUUUAUCACUGAUGAUCCUUUAAUCAAGUCCUCAAACCCACCUCCUGCAAUGGAGUAUCCUAGGCAAACAGAUUCACACUCAAGCCAAACUCAAGCAUCUUCCCGACAAAUUCCAAACCCAUUCACUAAUGACAAAAAAAAUUCAAGACACACAUUUCACCAUCUUCCAAACUCGAAACACCCAAAUCAACAGCUCCCAUCUUCUGCAGGGGCCACCCAGCAACCAGUACAAUAUGGGAUUGAUGAAAUGAGGUCGCAACCUCAGGCUCCAAGUAUUGCUCGCAUGUACUCGGGUUCAUCAUCACAACCUGCUGAAUAUGCUCUUAAAGAGACAAGCCCUUUCCUUGGAGGGGGACAGAUUGUCGGGGGACGAGUUAUACGGGCGGACAAGCCAUCCAGCACUUAUGACCUUGUUGAGCCAAUGCAAUUUCUUUUUGUUCGUGUUGUGAAAGCUCACGACCUUCCUUCCAAGGAUGUUUCAGGGAGCCUUGAUCCUUAUGUUGAAGUAAGGGUUGGGAACUAUAAAGGAGUCACAACGCAUUUUGAGAAAACUAAAAGCCCAGAGUGGAACAUUGUGUUUGCCUUUGCUAAAGAGAGAAUUCAGACAGACGUCUUGGUAGUUGUGCUUAAGGAUAAGGAUCUGGUGAAAGAUGACUAUGUUGGGACUGUUAGGUUUGAUCUCCAUGAGGUACCCACACGACUUCCUCCAGAUAGUCCAUUGGCUCCAGAAUGGUACCGUCUUGAAGACAAGAAUGGGGAGAAAAGGAAAGGGGAGUUGAUGCUUGCUGUUUGGUUUGGCACACAGGCUGAUGAGGCUUUUCCUGAUGCUUGGCAUUCGGAUGCAUUAAGUACUAUUGAUAGUUCAGUGUCCUCCACUCAUAUGCGCUCAAAAGUAUACCAUACCCCACGAUUAUGGUAUGUUCGUGUUGGUGUGAUUGAGGCACAAGACUUGGUUGUUUUUGAGAAGGCCCGUUUUCCCAAUGUACAUGUUAAGGCACAUAUUGGUAACCAGGUUUUGAAGACAAAGCCAGUUCAAACUCGGACUAUGAACGCACUAUGGAAUGAGGAUCUAAUGUUUAUUGCUGCUGAACCCUUCGAAGAGCAUCUAAUCCUUUUAGUUGAAGAUCAUACUGGUUCCAACAAAGAAGAAACCCUUGGAAGGGUCAUUAUACCACUGAACUCUGUUCAGAAGCGUUUGGAUGACCAUGAUCGAUCUGUACAACCACAAUGGUUCAGCCUCCUAAAACCAAGUGCUGAUUAUGGGGAGGAGAAGAAGCAUGAUAAGUUUGCUAGUAGAAUUCAUCUCCGUGUCUGUCUUGAAGGAGGGUAUCAUGUGCUUGAUGAGUCAACUCACUACAGCAGUGAUCUUCGACCCACUGCAAGACAGCUCUGGAAACCAUCAAUAGGUAUCUUGGAACUUGGCAUUUUGAACGCCAAUGCCCUUCACCCAAUGAAAACAAGAGAGGGAAGGGGUGCAUCAGACACAUAUUGUGUAGCAAAGUAUGGUCACAAAUGGAUUCGGACCCGAACUGUCAUGGACAGUUUAAACCCAAAGUUCAAUGAGCAGUAUACUUGGGAGGUUUUUGAUCCAUCCACAGUUCUCACCAUAGGCGUUUUUGAUAACAUCCAUCUUAGUGGCGAGGGUUCACAUGGGAACAGAGACAUGAAAAUUGGGAAGGUUCGUAUUCGAAUCUCUACUCUUGAAACCGGGCGUGUGUAUACUCACUCUUACCCAUUGCUGGUUCUUCACCCCUCUGGUGUGAAGAAGAUGGGGGAAUUGCAUCUGGCAAUACGAUUCUCAUGCUCAUCGAUGGUGAACAUGAUGUUCAAAUACUCACAACCCCUUUUGCCUAGAAUGCACUAUGUGAGACCAUUGACUGUAAUGCAGCUGGACAUACUGCGCCACCAAGCUGUCAACAUAGUGGCAGCCAAGCUUGGCCGAUCAGAACCCCCUCUAAGGAAGGAGGUAGUCGAAUAUAUGACAGAUGCCGAUUCACAUCUCUGGAGCAUGAGGCGUAGCAAGGCAAACUUUUUCCGGUUAAUGUCGGUCUUCAAUGGAGUAUUUGCUGCUGGAAAAUGGUUUGGGGAAGUGUGCAUGUGGAAGAAUCCAAUCACAACUACUCUAGUACAUGUACUCUUUGUGAUGCUAGUCUGUUUUCCAGAACUGAUCUUUCCAACUGUGUUUCUAUAUAUGUUUCUGAUAGGGCUUUGGAAUUACCGGUACCGUCCUAGGUACCCUCCUCACAUGAAUACAAGAUUGUCGUAUGCUGAAGUGACACACCCUGAUGAGCUUGAUGAGGAAUUUGAUACAUUUCCUACAACACGGAGUUCAGAGCUUGUUCGAAUGAGAUAUGAUCGCCUAAGGAGUGUGGCCGGAAAGAUUCAGAUGGUCGUGGGUGACGUGGCUAGCCAAGGUGAGCGGAUUCAGGCACUGCUCAGUUGGCGAGAUCCACGUGCCACAGCUCUAUUUGUGACAUUCUGCCUUUUGGCUGCCAUUGUGUUUUAUGCGACGCCUUUUCAGGUACUGCUUGUCUUGGCUGGAUUUUAUGUAAUGAGGCAUCCCAGGUUUCGACACAAGUUGCCUUCAGCACCGCUCAAUUUCUUCCGCCGGCUACCUGCCAGGGCUGAUAGUAUGUUGUAAGCUAUUCAGCUUUUCUCUCAAAGUUCUGUCUGUGACUGUUGAAAUGUGGUUUUGUUGGCCAGCAUCUUUAUGUUUUUGGUGUAUGUUUAUUGUGCCAUUGUCUUGGGAAAAAUGUAUAAAGACAUUACUUGCUGGAAGCUGUAUGUUCUCUGUAUAUAGAUUUUGUGUUAGACCUCCCCAAGUAUAUGAAAUCCAGAUGCCGCCAUUGUUGAUUUCUGUUAGGAUUGGGUCUUCAGGAUUAGAACUGCUGCUUUUUAUGUGCAUGCAAGAACUUGUUUUUCUAUAACCUGCCUCAAGAACUGUGAUUUGGUGUCGGGAUGAAAAUUUCAUUUCGUUGGAAAUGAUCGAAACAUUAUGUUUUUGAUGGAAGUCAAGAUCAAUCAAUAAUCAAAUAUUGAAA